GAGAGUAUAAUAAUAAGUGGCGGAGAGAGGAGGUUUUAAGCAAAGAGAAGGAGGAGAAUGCUGGUUCUUCGCGCUCCCACCGGACCUGUCUCAGCCGUCAGAUUCAUCACCAAACCCAACAACCCUCGUCUUCCUUGGGCCCCGGCGAACACUCGCCCUCGGAGACGCGUCGUCCUCACUCUCUCUAACCCUGACUCAAACGGAAACGGAAACGGAAGCGUCAAAUCCGCCACACGUCCCCAAGUCCCAUCUUCAGUAGGAGACGACACAGUCUUCGUCGCUCAAGAGAACGUUCCUCUCGAAGGCGUUAUUCAAUUCGAUAAACCAAAAUCCAAUGCUUCAAUCAAGAAAUGGGGCCGUGUGGCGUUACUUGCUGGUGGAGAUGUUUUGGCUUUGCUUAUCUUCUCUGCAAUUGGAAGAUUCAGCCAUGGAUUCCCUGUGCUUAGCUUAGAUACUCUCCACACAGCUGACCCUUUCAUUGCUGGAUGGUUUUUGAGUGCUUAUUUCCUGGGAGGAUAUGGGGAGGAAGGGAGAGGAAUGAAAGGUCAGUCCAAAGCUGUGCUAGCUGCAGCUAAAUCUUGGGCCCUCGGUGUUCCGCUUGGGGUGAUUAUUAGGUCAACCUCAUCAGGCCACAUCCCAUCUUAUAGCUUUAUCUUGGUGACAAUGGGAAGUACUGCUGUUUUACUUAUUGGGUGGAGAGCACUAUUAUUCAAUGUCCUUCCUUCAGAGUCAAAGAAGAAAGAUGAUACAUAUCGAAAAGGCAGCGCAUUCGAAUUGUUUGAGUUGCUUACUUCGUUAAUAAGACGGUGGUGAUGGAGCUUCGCAUCCAUGAACGUUCGGGCAGAUGGAAGCUGAUAUUCCAUAUAAAUAUAUCUCAUCCUGUCACCAGAGGAUAGAUUCCAGGACCAACUUUUAUAUAUAGUUGCAGGGAGGGAUAUGAUUACUUCAUAUUGCUCUCAAGCAAAUACUCGAAAAGAACCAGUUAAGCAAACCAAAAUGUCAAACAAUAGUGUGAUGGAAUCAAUUGGCAAGUAAACAACUAUUGAGAAUUUGAAAUAAUCUGAGAAAAAUGAAACACUGAAAAUGUAAAAUUAUUACAAGCAAAAGUUAUUUAAAGAAAAG